AUGAAUUAUCGAGCAACGAAGAAACGCACUGGAUUUACCCGACACCACUUUGUGUUUGUUGCUAUCGUGCUGUUCUCUCUUUCUUCUAUUUUGAUUCAGCAUACCCUGGGGCCUCACAAACGUCCUGAUGACCUUGGAAAGCCUGGUUUGACUCCAUUUGUUUCUCGAUCCAGCAACUCUUCUCUUCCUCUCGCAUCUGCUGUGGAGCUUGCACCUUGUCACCUUGAUGUCGGCAGGGAGAGCACGAGGCGGGGAGAGCGUGGAAUGCCGGACGAGGCUGCUGGGGAGGAGUGUGUAGUUUCUGACAACUGGAGGUUUGUUUUCAUGCCGACCAGCAGCUUCACGUCAGAUGUUGUCAAAUCUUUCCUGUACGCGAAUCUCUGUGGUGGCAAUCGGCCUUGUGAUAUGAAGGCGACAAGCUGCAAGCAGAUCUGGCCGGAGAAGCGAAAUUUCUUUUUUUUCUCUUUCGUUUCCAGUCCCUUUCACUUCUCUCACGUGUCUUGGAAUUCCUCGAAUACUGAUGGCACGAGCUUCGCAGAAUGGCUGCAAGGACUCCAGAGGCCAGGAGUUCGCUACCUCCUCCAAACCUCUCUCAUCCUGAACAAGACAAGCUGUGCGAGCGUAGACUUCGUCGGACGAAUCGAGGACAUGGAGACGCAUGGCCCGAGAGUUCUCCAGCGCAUCCGCAGCUCUGCUUCCAAUAUUUACUCGCUCACGGAGGUUCUGAUGGAAAGGGACCGGAACGCGAGUCGCAACGCGAGCAUCGCGAUGAUCCCCGGGCUCAUCCCCGCAAGACUGGCAACGAGGAAACUGGAUGGCAGGCAGCAGCAACUGCUUGCUCAGCUUUACUCGCGCGACUUCGAGCUGUUGGGGUAUGAGAAGGAGGACGCCAAGUACGUUGACAGGUGUGUCAUCUCUCCUCGCUACCGCUUCAUCUACGUGCAUGUCCUCAAGUCGGGAGGGACCUCAUGGCACGAGCUCUUCAGGGAGGCGCUGUGCUUCAGGAACGGCAAGAAAGGUUGCCCAAAAGAAGAAAUCACCUACCUCGCGUGCGGCAAAGCCUUCGCUCGCUUUCCCGACUUCUUCCGCUUCUCUCUGGUCAGAGAGCCGAUGGGGAGGGCGAUGAGCGCCUAUCUCAUGGCGAUUCUUCCUCGCUUCCGGGGGAAGCAUAUCGUGAGCUUCGAGCGAUGGGCGAAGAAUCAGAGCGAGCUGGAGACAACCGUCUUCAAAAUGCACUGGAUCCCCCAGUACAACUUCCUUUUUUCCAAUAGGGGCUGCCCUGUCGUCGACUUCCUUGGCAAGCUCGAGAACGUGGAGGAGGACGUUCGCUACAUCCUCUACCGCAUCGGUGAGCCUCAGCUCAUCUCCUACUUCGAGGCAUUCGGCUUCCCCACCACCAACAAGGCUCGAACCGCAAGCACGGAGGAGAAGCUGCGGAAGCUGCCCUGGGACGUCAAGGAGGCAAUCUACAAGCAGUACGAGAACGACUUCACCGCCUUCGGAUACAAACUCAACUGA